AUGGGUCUGGGGCCUCUAUGGUUUAAUGUCGUCCUGGCCACUCUUUUUGUCUUCUUCGAUGCAUUAAUAUCGCAACGUGCAUUCACCCUCGCGGCGUCGACUGCAGGCUGGUCCUCCACGAAGAAGCUUGGUAUCCGGGACAAAGUUCGAGAGCUGUUCUAUCAUGGGUACAACAACUAUCUUGAGCAUGCCUUUCCCUUCGACGAGCUCGCACCGCUGUCCUGUGCUGGUCGAGGACCAGAUUGGUACUCGCCCUCUAAUAUCGCCGUAAACGACGUCAACGGUAACUACUCGCUCACCCUGGUUGAUACUCUGGAUACUCUUGUCGUUCUGGGGGAUACGGCAGCCUUCGCGGAUGGUGUACGCCGAGUCAUCGACCACGUCUCUUUCGACGUCAACACCAAGCCUCAGAUAUUCGAAGCCAAUAUACGUGUGCUUGGUGGUCUUUUAUCGGCGCAUAUAUUCGCCAAUCAAACCGGGCAUGCCUUCCAUCUGCCUUGGUAUAGAGGUGAACUUCUUGACCUCGCACACGACCUGGGCGAACGCUUUCUACCUGCUUUCGACACGCCGACCGGUUUGCCUUUCGCAAGGAUCAAUCUUCGCCAUGGCCUGAUGAGAGGAGAAAGCAUAGAGAGUUGCACGGCCGGCGCUGGCUCACUCAUACUGGAGUUUGCUACGCUCAGUCGGCUCACAGGCGACAAGCGAUUCGAGAAAGCCGCUCGGAAGGCUUUCUUUGCUGUUUGGAACGCGCGGUCAGAGAUAGGCUUAGUUGGCAAUCAGAUUAAUAUAAUGAACGGGCAAUGGCAUCACCCGCAGAUGAGCUCAAUAGGCGCUGGGAUUGACUCCUUUUUCGAGUACGCGCUGAAGUGGUAUAUCCUGAGUGGCGACCAAGAAUUCCUAGAUAUCUGGAAUGAGUCGUACGCAUCUGUCAUGCAGUAUUCCCGAUCAGGGGACGGAUUUUGGUUCCGUAGAGUCGACCUUUCUAAUGGAAAUCUGCUGUAUUACACCUACGAUUCGCUAUCUGCUUUCUGGCCUGGUCUACAAGUCAUGGCUGGUGAUAUCGACAAUGCUAUCAAAUCGCACAUGUUUUUUUGGAAUCUUUGGCAGAAAUACUCUGGCAUACCUGAGAUCUACGAUAUGAAUUACAAGACUGCAACGGCCUUGGCGUUCCCGUUGAGGCCAGAGUUCGUUGAGUCCACGUGGUAUCUUUACAGAGCCACUCGUGAUCCAUUCUACUUGGACGUUGGCCUGCGCGUCCUGUCGGAUAUCACAGCUCGGUCGAAAGUGGCUUGCGGCCUCACCGGGAUAGCUGACUUGCGAACGAACCAACGUGACGACCGUAUGGAGUCCUUCGUGCUCUCUGAGACCCUGAAGUAUCUGUAUCUAUUAUUCGACGAAGAGAACCCUCUUCACACUGACGACUCGAAUUGGGUCUUUACUACGGAAGGGCAUAUCUUGACCCUCAACAAUUCUCUCCUCAAGCCGCCUUCGCGUUACCUCCGCGAGUUCAGACGUGGCGAACGACCUGAAUGUCCCGCAUACUCCGCUCCGGAAUUCAGCGGGGAAGGGAGUGAACCCGGCCACGGGCUAACCGUUGGUAUUCGCACACGCACAGACUUCGACUACGCGGCACACCUCCUUGACAUGGACCCGAUCAAUGAUGCGGGAUGGCAUCCGCAGGCUGAGUGUAUGCUGCCCAAAGUCGACGUGUAUCCGCAGCUGUUCGAGUUCAUCAUGUCGGUCGACAGUGCGACCGAAGCUGACGAGGACAAGACGCCCUCGGCCCAGAAGCUUGCUCGUCUCCCUGGCGGUUUCAUGGUUCACGAUGUCAAAGGAAUACGUACUCGGGUCACGACUCGUCUCGACGGUCGUGGGUAUGAUAUAACCAAACUGGGUCCCUAUACCGUCCGCACCGGUCAAGUCGUAUAUCUCAACGACUCGCGUCUCGCGGGCGCUUUGGAAACGAGGCAACCUGCCGAGAACCGGCACCCAGACGUUCGGGUCCGAUUCCAUCUCGACGACCCUACCUUCGAUCCCGCUCUGUUUCCUUGGGACGAGUAUGGGCGCGACGCUGCCAACCUGGAGACGCUGUUUGUGGCAGAAGCGGAGGCGGGAUCGCGAUUUGUCGACGUCGUCGCGCAGACCGCUCUUUUUGGUGGAGACCCUACACGGGUCCAAUCGGCCUCCCAGCUUCGCGCAUCCAAACCUUCUGGUGUGAUCGUGUCCCGCGAGGAGGGCAAUGAGCUUGGUUGCGUGCCAUUUGCGCGCGCGUAUACCGGAACGGACGUCGUGCUCUUGCUGCGUCGAGGGCAAUGCACGUUCUUGGAAAAGCUGCGCCACGCUAAAGAAGCCGGCGCGGCCGGCAUCGUCGUACUAUCCGACGAGGAGAACAAGAUCCAACCGUCUAUCGACCCUUCCGAAUCCGCGCUUGCUGGAUCACUGGAUGACGUUGUUGCCCUUGUACUUCGUGCCAGUGAGGGUACGCGCAUCUCAGCCAUGUUGGACGCUGCCGAGAUGAAUGGUGGGCAAAUGAUCAUGGUGUUGGAACCAGACGGCGACGGAGAUGAUGUAUCUGGUGGUGUUGAGAUCGUGGUUGAGAGCGAGGGCAUCCCUGACCAUCGUGUAUUACAUAUCAACGGCCAUCCCUUGCUCAAUACACAUUUGUUGGUUUAA